AACUCUCGUGAUCGCGCUGACUCCGCCUCUCCACCACGUGAGCCCCGUCGCUUCCCGUAGCAGGAAAAAGCGCUUCAUCUCAGGCUUUCAGUUCUGUGCCUUCUUUCUUUCCCUCCUCGCAAAUUUCCCCCACAAUGUCGACCUCGGGCAACGUCGUCGCGAUGAAGAAAGUCGUCCAGCAGCUGCGCUUCGAGGCGAACAUAGACAGAGUGAAGGUGUCUCAGGCUGCGGCCGAGCUUCAGCAGUUCUGUAUCCAGAACGCUCUUCAGGACCCUCUGCUCACCGGUGUCUCUUCAAGCACCAACCCCUUCAGGACGCAGAAGCUUUGCUCUUUUGUCUGAUGUCCCGCCGUGUGUAAAUGCCAUUGGUAUCUGUCCUGUUCCUGUGACGUUUCUGCUGGAGGAAAAGACUUAACCACUGCCAUAACCUGUACAGAAACCAGCAGCAGUCCAGAAUGGUUCUGCUGCAAAACCAGUACCACAUUAUAAUGCCUUACAAACCAGGACUCCUCUCAGAUCCUCUCACUGGGUUCAAUUCGGGGGCCCACAAAGAUGCAUUGAUUGAACAGAAGUACAAUAAGAAUUAACCUGUAUUUUUAUUUUAAUUUUUUUGGGGACGUGUAUUAAGUCAUUUGUGGUUCUGGCUUGGACAGCUCAGUGUUGAUAGGUGUCUUUAUGAAGACAUCAGAGUAACAAGUCUGCCUUAAGAUGUGCUUUAGCGAUGUUUGUUUGGUGGAUAAAAGGCGUUUUGUAUUUUUGUGGCACAGCAGUGGAACUCGGUAAUUUAUUGUGCCUUUUUUAACUAUGUGCUCCAUUUCUAUUUUGUCAGCCUUGGGUUUUUUGUAACAAAUAAAACCUUGAUUUGUAUACAUUA